GGUGGGGAUAAAGUGCAAGCUGGGAAAAGGUAUUUGCACCAUAUAUAACUGAUUAAGGAUUAAUAUCCAGAACAUACAAAGUACAUCUUCAAAUCAAUUAGAAAAAAGCAAACAGUCUGUAUUAGUUUCCUAUUGCAGCUGUAACAAAUUACCACAAACUUAGUGGCUUAAAACAACACAGAUUUAUUAUCUUACAGUAUUGGAGACCAGAAAUCCAAACUGGAUCUCACUGGGCUCAAAUCAAGGUGUCAGCAAGGGCUGUGUUCCUUCUGGCGGCUCUAAGUAAAAUUCCAUUUCCUUGCCUUUUCCAGCUUCUAGAGGUUGCCCACACUCCUUUGCUCAUGGCCCCCAUUCAUCUUCAAAGCCAGCAAUCACACCUCAGACUUCUGUAUGCAUCAUCACAUCUCCCUGACUCUUCUGCCUCCCUUUUUCACUUAUAAGGAUACUUGUGAUUACAUGAGACUCACCCAGUUAAUCCAGGACAAUGUCAUGGUCUCAAGAUCCUUAAUUUAAUCACAUCUGCAAAAUACCUUUUUUCAUGUAAGGUAACAUUCACAGGUUCUGGGUGAACAUCUUUGGGGGGCCAUUAUUCUACUUACCCCAUAAUCCAAUAGAAAAAUACACAAAAGACACAAAGGCAUUCCAUAGAGGAGGAAACACAUAUGAAACCUUUAUUCAUCAGGAAAUGCAAAUUAAAAUCACAGUUAAAUACCAUCACACAGUCAUCAUAUUGGCAAAUAUUUAAAAAAUCUAACAACCAAGUGUUGUCAAGAACGAGGAGCAAAGGGAACUCCCAUGCACUGUCAAAGGAAUAUAAAUUGGUACAGCCCCUUUGGAAAACAAUUUGGCAAUAUCUAGUAAAGCUCAACAUGCACUUUACAUGUUCAUGCAUACUUUACAUGCAUACUUUAAAACUGAGCAAUUCAACUUCAAGAUGUAUACUAUUCAACAGAAGCUACUACAUAUGUGCAACAGGAAACCUACAAGAAUGUUAAUAGCAGCACUGCUAAAAAUAUUCCCUCCAAAAAAAUCCAACAGGAGAUGGAUUAAUAAAUUAGAUAGAACCAAACAAUGGAAUAUAAUGCAACAGUUUAAAAAAAAACUGCAGCUACAGAUAAAAAACUCCACAUGAUGUGAUGUCUUCUAAGCAACACUUCUCAAAUGUCAGUGUGCAUACAAAUUACCUGGGGAUCUGGUUAAAUGCAGAUUCUGAUUCUGUAGGUCAGAAAUGGGGCCUGAAAUUCGGCAUUUCCAACAGCUCUCUGCUGAUCCAUGGACUACACUUUGAGUAAGAAGGUUCUCAGUAUUUAGGGAUGCAUUUACAAUGAUAAAACCAUUUUCCUUUUUAAAUUUUUUUAAAUUAAAAAAAUUUUUUCUUUUUCAACAAAAGGUAAAAAUAAACACUAAAUUCAGGAGAGUAGAUACCUUUACCUCUCACUGGGGCAGUGGCCGGAAUAUGUAGAUGAAGUGGUCCUGGUGAUGCUUUCUUAAACUGGCUCUUGGGUCCACAAGUAUUCAUUAUACUUUAUAUCUUACAUAUGUUACAUAUAGUAUUUUCCAUAUAUCAAAUAUUACAUUUUAAAAAAACAAUGAGAAAAAAAAAAAAAACAAUGAGAAGCGUACAAAAAUAAAACAAAAUGAUAGGCGAAGAAGCUAGGUGGCGUCAAAGUCUUGGGCAAAUAAAGAAGUUAGUCCUGUAGCGCUACAUUAGGCUAAAACAGAUAUACUAGCAGAAAAAGUGUUAAGUUUGUUAACUAAAUACUCGGCACCAGAAGUGCACCCUGUCAAGCUAAUUCGUUUGAGCCCGGAUUAAAGGGUCAGCACUUGUACUAUCCAAGCUUUUCAAACUUACUGGGUUUUAUGAAUCACCUGGCGUUCUUGUUAACAAUACAGAUUUCCAGGUGACUCCGGUGUAGAUCCCGAUUCUGUGGGUGUAGGAAGCAGCCUGGGAAUCGGUAUUUCAUAGGUUCGGUGGCGCCUAGCCCCACUUGGCAGGGAGAAACCUUUCCGCCCGCCUGCUAAUGGACCUGGCGCUAGUGGGCGGUGGGCAUACCCGAUCAGCCCCGGCCGGCUCGGGGAAGCCCCCCACGAGGUGGGAGGACCCCCCCCCCCCCACCCCCACGGUCAGCACAGUAAAUUCAACCAAACUAGCGCGACAGUCACCCCCCUUUCCCGGAACUGGCCUCUUAAGCUCUUGUGGGAAAGACUCUCCAGAGAGGCCCUGAAUGGCAGAAAUUUAAAUGAGAGGAAAUAAUUACAGCACUAAGUGAUUAAUUGUAGGCAACUUCAAACCGCGCAGGCUCGUCUUUGGGGCCUCCCCUCUCGUCCCCUGCGUCUCCCAGCGCUUUUUCCCCGCCUCCCUCAGAGAACGCGAAGAAGAGAAGAAUCGCGAGAUACGGACGCGGGGCGUGGCCCCACCCUGACCAGUGGAAACAGAGGGCGUGGCACUGAGCCUUUCUUUUAUUGGCCCAGGGUCCCCAGGCCCGGUUUACCAGUGCUGAGGCGGAAGUCGCGCGGGCGCCGAAACGCGCCCUGAGCCUCGGGUCCUGCAGCAUCCAAGCCGCCGUCAUGGUGCGGAAGCUUAAGUUCCACGAGCAGAAGCUGCUGAAGCAGGUGGACUUCCUGAACUGGGAGGUCACCGAUCACAACUUGCACGAGCUGCGCGUGUUGCGGCGUUAUCGGCUGCAACGGCGCGAGGACUACACGCGCUACAACCAGCUGAGCCGUGCUGUGCGCGAGCUGGCGCGGCGCCUGCGGGACCUGCCGGAGCGCGACCCGUUUCGCGUGCGCUCCUCGGCCGCGCUGCUGGACAAACUGUAUGCUCUCGGCCUAAUCCCCACGCGCGGGUCGCUGGAGCUCUGCGAUUUCGUCACGGCCUCGUCCUUCUGCCGCCGCCGCCUACCCACCGUGCUCCUUAAGCUGCGCAUGGCGCAGCACCUCCAGGCCGCCGUGGCAUUCGUGGAGCAGGGUCACGUGCGCGUGGGCCCCGACGUGGUCACCGACCCCGCCUUCCUUGUCACGCGCAGCAUGGAGGACUUCGUCACCUGGGUUGACUCGUCCAAGAUAAAGCGGCACGUGCUGGAGUACAAUGAGGAGCGUGACGACUUCGAUCUGGAAGCCUAGCGGGUCCUCCCUCGCCAGGACUGCAUUUUAUUGAUGGGGAAGCUGAGACCUGAUGCCUGAGAUUCUAUGAAGGCGCCCUCCCCAAGAGUGUGUCAGCCAAGAACUUGGCUCCUCAGCUACAGGCCUUCGCAGAGCCAAAGGGUACGCCCUUUUUCCACAAAAUUUUCUUAGCCUUUGGACAAUUGGUAAUUAAAUGACUGCCUUAAGAGACAAUGGGAAGCGGUUUUGCGCUGCCAUAGGGAAUUGUUACAUUCUUGUACCUGAAACAUUGUAGUGUGAAAGCAAUGACUUUGGGGGGAGGGAGGCUACCCCCGCCCCCAGCUUUCCUUUCAUUUCUUUGUAGCAGGACAGUUUAGUUUAAUUUAUAUUUAACCCGAAUUCUUGCGCUUGUUCGUGACUAAGCUGUGUACAGAUGUUGGAGAGUUUGGUCUCAAGUUUUCAUAAAAUGGAUGAGAUUUUAGUGUUUAGAGUCCUUUCUCUUGUUUAAAGGAAUGCUCUCUUAAUGCCAAUAAAUGGUAUAACUGCUUUUUAA